AUGGUACAGAAAAGGCCAUGGCUGCGUCUGUACGCCUUCCCCACAAUUGCUCUGCUCACAGGAGUUCUGGAUAGAGUCCGCCGGGAUGGGGUCAGUCUACUGCUUGUAGCCCCUUUCUGGCCGGCCCAAGUAUGGUUCUCAGACAUUGUGUCCCUUCUCGACGGCUCUCCGUGGGAGACUGACUCAAGCAGAUGGCGCGAUUGUACAUCCUCGCCCAGGACUAUGGAAGAUAUAGGUGUGGCCUCUGAGGGGGCACAUCUCAUGGACUGCAGUCUCUCGAGUGAGGUUAAGACCAUUCUCCAUUCCAGAGCUCUUUCCAUGAGGAAACUGUACUCCCUGAAGUGGAAGCUUUUCACUUCAUGGUGUGGAGAGCGACAGGUGGACCCAGUCAACUGCCCACUUCAUCUUCAUGACAAAUAUCAUCAGAAACUCAAAGCUGCAGACUUUCUUCAGCUAACUGCUCAAUCAGGUGUAAUUCAGUCCCAUAACACGUGUGCAGAGCAUGACUUAGUUCACAUGUUUCUACAAAGACUACUGAUGAUGGACUAUAGAACAAGACAUAUGACCAUUGAAGAGAGCAAUGAGCAAUGUUAUACACAAAGCAUCAGUGAUUUGGGAAGAAAUGAGAUAGAUCUUUUUGAUGAUCUCUUUAGUGAACUACAUUUGUCUAAUGAAGAAAGAUGCAAAUCAGGCAAAAUCCACCCAAUGGAUGUUCAGAUGGCUGUGUUUCAUUGUGCUGAUAGUUUCCUGAAGCAGCUGAUGGUAACUAAACUCUCACAAUGUCAGUAUGCUCUGCCCCUGCUUGUUCCUGAUCCAUUCACACAACAGCUUGAGUUUCCUCUCUGGACUUUUAGACAAAUCAACAAAAACUGGAAUAUAAAAAAUAACAAUGAAAUUAUCACUAAAACCCAGCCAGUCUGCAAGGCAGCAACUCCAAUGGUGGCUUUCUUCAGAUUUGGUCUGGUGUCCUCAUCAAAGUCUGAGCUGAUGAACAAACUGAUCAAUGAGAAACACAACACAUUCUUUCACAGGAACUGCAAAGGCAGCAGCACAACUAGAGUACUGAUGGACGGAGUGGUGGAGAUUGCCUGGUACUGUCCCUCCGGGAAAGACACUGAUACAUUUACUGACUGUGUUGCAUUCUGCAAUCUGCACGGUGAUGCAGGAGACCAUGACAAACAACUGAAUAUCUUGGCUGAAAUGGCUUCUGUGAAUGUUGUUCUUUUGCCACAGCUUGACAGAUAUGACAAAAAUGCAAUGAAAAUCCAAAUGAUCUGCCAGGUCACAACUCCACUUAUCUUCCUUCUUACUGAGAAUAAUGUCACACUCUCACACAUACAAAAUGGAAAAAUGAAAAUUGGCUUGAAAGACAGAAAUCAGUCAGAAGUAAUGGAGGAACUUGUAAGAGCUAUAAAUGAUGGCCUUUCACUUUCAUCUACUAGAUCAUGUAGUGUUUUCAGACUUGAAGAUGUGGCCAGAUUGUCAGAGAUUAGAGUAGAUGAGCAUGAUCAUGAUGACUGCAGAACAGGAAAAGAAAAAGCACAGCAGAUGAUGAGCUUACUGGAGAAGACAGAUCUAACGCAAAGCAAAGAAUUACUUUUGCCCUGUCAGGGAAAACUGUGGCAUCAGUGGUGUCAGAAGAACAAAGAGCUGCAUCGACCUCAAAGAAAUGAAACUGAAAUGGACAUAAGUGUCAAAAACGCAGACCUAAAGAAAAUCCGUAAACAGCAACAUGCAUCAGAUACCAGUGAGUUCAUGACGUUGUUUCUGAAAGAAAUGAACACACUUAAUGCAGAUGAAAAGGUGUUUUUUCUUAAAUGGCUUGGAAUUCUCCUAGAUCAACGCACCUCAGAAGUUCUUUCUGCUCUGCAUUCCAAGUACAAUAUAAAGUGUUCAGAGGUCUUAAAACUAAAGAAGAACAAUGUUAAACCUGAACAGCUGGCAGCUGAGCAAACAGAACUAAAGAAAAUAUCUGAAGAUUUACAUUCUGCAAACUUUGGCUUGGUGCACAUCCUACGAGAGAUUGGUCAAAUCUAUGAAUCAUGUUCAUCUGUAAAGAAGAACAUGCAUGGCCUGCAGUGUCACUUUUCUUCUCUCCCAAGUCUCGCAGCAGAGAUAAUGAUCUCUGGAUUUCCACUGGAACUGAUGGAUGGAGAUGCUUCUCAUGUAUCUCUGAUAUGGGUUACUGCUGUUUUUGAUGAACUUGUCAAGAAACUGGGAAACUUGAGUGUCUUUGUGCUGUCAGUUUUGGGAAUCCAGAGCACUGGGAAGUCCACGUUGCUGAAUACCAUGUUUGGACUCCAAUUUGCAGUCAGUGCUGGCAGGUGCACCAGAGGAGCUUUCAUGCAGCUGGUCAAAGUCUCAGAUGAGAUGAAAACACAGCUUAAGUUUGACUAUAUUCUGGUUGUUGAUACUGAGGGUCUUUGUUCACUAGAAUUGUCUGGAAUGGAAACGACACAUCAUGACAAUGAACUGGCCACAUUUGUUGUUGGUGUAGGAAAUGUGACACUGAUCAAUAUCUUUGGAGAAAACCCGGCUGGGUUGCAAAAAAUUCUUCAGAUUGUUGUUCAGGCCUUCCUGAGAAUGAAGAAUGUCAAACUGAAUCCCAGCUGUAUAUUUGUGCAUCAAAAUGUUGACAUAAUGGCAAAAGAAAAAAUCAUUCAGGAAAGGAUGAAUCUGCUAGAGGAACUGGAUGAGAUGACAGAACUUGCUGCAAAAGAUGAUGUCUGUGAUGUUCAGUGCUUCAAUGAAGUAAUUAAAUUUGAUGCUCUGAAUGAUGUGAAGUAUUUUUCAGAGCUCUGGGAAGGGAACCCACCUAUGGCACCUCCAAACCCAAACUACAGUGAAAAUGUUAAAGAUCUAAAGGACACAAUUAUUUCUCAAGCCUCAAAAUCUGAUAGCAUGAGGUUGACACACCUUAAAUAUCGUAUUGAAGCACUUUGGGAGGCAUUACUUAAUGAAAACUUUGUAUUCAGCUUCAGAGAUUGUUUAGCGAUAGCUGUUUACAGAAGACUUGAAACAGAAUACAGUAAGUGGACCUGGAGUCUUCGAUUUGCCAUGCUAGAGAUUGAAAACAAACUACUUAACAAAAUAGAAAAUGGAACAAUUCAUGAAGUUCUAGAACAUAAUCUCCAAGCAGAACUAAGGCAGAUAAGUGAAGAAGUGAAUAAAUCAAUGUCAGAAUAUUUUGAGAAAGACAAUGAUGCUUGUAUUCUGAUUCAGUGGAGAACGUCUUUUAAGAUAAAAAUCAAAGAUGUUCAGGAAAACAUUGUGAGAGAAACAAAGAAAAAGUUGCAUGAGGUUCUUCAACAACAACACCUGAAGAAAAGGAUUGAUGCUCAGAGGACACAUCAUGAAAAUACUCUUUUUGAAAAAAGCAAACAUUCCGCCUUAAAGUUCAAAGACAGUGCAAACAAUGAAGAAACUCUGAAAAAGGAAUUUAAUUUCUUCUGGCAUCAGCAGUUGGCUGAUAUUAAGAGAGAAAUGCCUCCAAUCAAAACUAUCGAUGUUUUCAGAGACAUGAAGCAUAUCCUCAGUGACAUACAUGAAAGUGUUCCUCUAGACCGCAUCAAGGGCAGUGAAUGCAUUGAUCUUGCCUCAGUGUCAGGAUAUGCAGAUUAUGUUGUUUUCAAAAGGUCCAAAAAAAUAUUUUCUAGUCAGUCACUGGAUAAAGAGAACGAAGACAAAAUUAGAGCAUUAGUAGCAGGCAUUGCACAGGAGACAGAUGAGAUGAUUAAGUCAAAACCCAUAUCAAAAAUGGGUUACAACAUUGUCUAUGUCCAACAACUCACAGAUUUCAUAAAGAAGAAAGUAAAAGAACAUGAGGAAGGGCCAGUAACAUAUGUUUUUAAGAAGGAAUUCACCAUGGACCUCACAUUUCACAUUUUCAAGAGAGCAAACAGGACAUUUACUGAUCUCCACAGAAUAUUCAGGGAAGCCAAUGAUCCUGUUCUUUAUUUUGAAAAAAAGAAAGAAGAGUACUACAAUAUUUUCCAGAAAUAUUGUCAAGGAGCAACAUCAUCUGCCAUUUUUGGACAGUUCAUCUGUAAUAAACUAAAAGAGCCCAUUCAACAGAGUGUCUACAAAAAGACUGCCAGAGACCUGGCAAAUGAAAUGAGAUCAAACUGUGAAUCAUUGAAUGGGAACCGAUCUAAACUAGAGAAACACAUCCUGAAGGUACUGGCAGAAAAGGAGAAUUUUGACAUGUAUGUGACAUACAUUCAUAAUCCCAGAGAGCUCUUUAAGACUUUCAUCAGAGAUGAAGUCAGUAAGUACAUCAGUGAAAAGUUCAAUGUUAGUGUUCUGCAAAAGAUAAAAGAGGGCAUUAAACUGCACCAGCAGAAGAUCAUAGAAGCAGCACAUGAAGCAUCUAAACUGGUUAAAGUAAAGAACGAUGUUGAUUCAUGGUUAAAUCAUUUUACAAACCAGCUGUCAGAUGUGCUGAUGCUCUCUGAAAAGAUCUUCACCGGAGUGAGUCAUAAUGAUGUUGACAUCAAUCUCUUAGUAGAUGUGAUCCGAAGAGAACUCCCUUCUGUAAAAUUUGACUCAAGCAGAACAUUUAGGUUAGUUAAUUUUCUAGGUAAGCUAGACUAUAAGGACAGGCCAGAUGAGAUUCUGAUUGAUCACCUUUGUCAGUGCUGUUGGGUUACGUGCCCUUUCUGUAAAGCCAUCUGCACAAACACCAUAGAAAAUCAUGGAGGAGAUCACAGCGUUCCGUUCCAUCGUAACGUAGGGCUGAAUGGAUGGUAUUUCAGUGGAACAACUAACUUGAGCGUUGACAUCUGCACAUCAGAAGUAGCAAGCGAUCACACAUUUUCCCGAAAUGCUUCAGAUACCAUAGCAAUACCAUGGAGAGAAUACAGAAAAGGAGGUCCCAAAUAUGCUAACUGGAGCAUUACACCUGACCAUUCUGAGCUGCCAUACUGGAAGUGGGUUGUCUGCAGAUUCCAAAAAGAUCUGGAAAAUAAGUACAAUAAAAGAUUUCUGGAGUCUGGGAAGAUUCCAGAUGAAUGGAGGAAUUACACAAAACAGGAAGCUAUUCAGAGUUUGAGCUGCCUUAUUUAAAACCAUAGUGCAAUUUAGGAUUUGUGUUUUCUAAAUGGUAUCUCAAAAAGACAAAAUUAUACGGUCUAUGUAGGUCUUUGCAUGACAAAAAUUAAAGCUAAUAUUGACCUAAGCAGUAACAUAAUUCCAAAGGAAAGUUCCAAUAACCAAACACUGGAUGAAGAAUAGCUUAGUGUAACUCAAGUGUCUGGACUGCUUUUCAGAGAAAAUUCAAAAUAUGCAACUUAUUACAACAUAGAGUUACGUAUGUACACAUGAUUAGGGCAAUAGCAGCUUAUUUUAUAAGCAUGGAAAAACAACACAACAAAAAACAUAAUUUAAUUUAGCAGUAAUGCAUUUCAGAGUGUGUUGUCUAAUUCACUACUUUUUAGAAAUGGUACUUUUAAUUAUGUUUAUAUUUUACCUCUAAAAUAAAUAAUGACACCAUGUACAUAUCUUCCUUCAUUUGUGCUGCAUAUUAAUAAUGCAUUGAUUAAAUAUUUGUCUGAAGUCAUUGCAUAAAUGCAUAUAUUUAGAAUUGCAAUUCUCAGCUUUGUCUUUUUACACAGACUGUCAAUAUUAUCUUUCCACGAUACCUUAUUGUCUAAUGUUACACCUAAAUACUUAUACUUUUCUACCUGUCUAAAAUUUUCAUUAUGUAUAACUACAGGCCUUGUAUGUGCAUCAGAUGUUGACCUAAAUACAGUUUCCUCUGUUUUUUUUUAUAUUAAUGAAAGUAGAGAAAUAAGAUGAUCAAGCUGCAUUAAGAGUGUUCCUGUACGGAUUAAUGUGUUCAGUAUAUGCCAAGGAGUGAAUAAUAAGGCCAGUUUUCUUAUAAAGCCUUUCUAGC